AUGGCUGAUCCUAACCCUGGGGCAGGAAAUAUACAAGAUAAGCCGGGGUCAUUUUGCAGUUCCAAAAAACCUGAACCCAGCGCCUUCCCCACACUGGCCGGGCUGGUGCGCAUGCGGACGCAAGCACGCGCUCUCCACAGGCUGCGCGCAGAGCCCUGGCUGAGCGCUGCGGUCAGCCGUAGCCUGGGUCGCACGGUGCUGUCCCUGGCGUCUCUGGGCUGGGCUCUUCCUGGCCUGUCCUUCACGUCCCCAUGGACCGAAGCCGCCGCCUGGGCUCGGCACGGGUUGCGCCCUGUCCUCUCCAGCUUUACGCACGAGACUGUCUUGUCUUCUGGCCCCUUGAGGAGGGCAGGGGAAUUCCAGCCACCUCUCCGGAGGACAGAUCUUUUCCCACAGCCACUGGGCUUCAUCCUAGGAGGUCCUGAGGGCAGAAGACGCCAGCAGUUAGGGCUCUGCAGCAGGCAUCCCACUCCACAAGAGCCACCUAGCCAGUUACUGGUUCCCCCACCGGUCCCGACAAUGAUCCAGAUAGCCUUUGGUGUUCUCUAUGGGAACAGGGGUGUCAUUCAUAACAUAGAGUUAAAAAGCACCAAAUCCCUAGAGUACUGGUCCCUAGAUGGGUGCACUCCGGGUCCCGGGGACCUGCAUGAGAGAUGGCUCUGUACCUGCUUUAUGGUGGCAGGGAUCAGCAGUGUGAAUCAACUGGGGGGGCUUUUUGUGAACGGCCGGCCCCUGCCCCUGAACACCCGGCAGCAGAUUGUGAGGCUGGCAGUCAGCGGGAUGCGGCCCUGUGACAUCUCACGGAGCCUUAAGGUAUCUAAUGGCUGUGUGAGCAAGAUCCUAGCCCGUUACUACCGCACAGGUGUCUUGGAGCCCAAGGGGAUUGGGGGAAGCAAGCCCCGUCUGGCCACACCCCCUGUGGUGGCUCGAAUUGCCCAGCUGAAGGGUGAGUGCCCUGCCCUCUUUGCCUGGGAGAUCCAACGCCAGCUCUGUGCUGAAGGGCUUUGCACCCAGGACAAGACUCCGAGUGUCUCCUCCAUCAACCGAGUCCUGAGGGCGCUACAGGAGGACCACCGACUGCCUUGGGCACAGCUCAGGACGCCAGAUGUUGUGACUCCAAUUCCUCACACUCCCCAUAGUGGGUGUGAGGUUCCCCGUGGUCCCCACCCAGGGACUGGCCACCGGAAUCGGACCAUCUUCUCUCCGGGCCAAGCUGAGGCGCUGGAGAAAGAGUUCCAGCGUGGGCAGUAUCCUGAUUCAGUGGCCCGUGGAAAGCUGGCUGCUGCCACCUCUCUGCCUGAGGACACGGUGAGGGUCUGGUUUUCCAACCGAAGAGCCAAAUGGCGCCGACAAGAGAAGCUCAAGUGGGAAAUGCAGAUUCCAGGUGCUUCCCAUGUACCGACUGUGUCCAAUGCCUCCCCUGGGAUCAUCUCUGCACAGCAGCUCCCUGGGAGUGUGCCCUCAGCCGUCCUGCCUACCCUGGAAUCCUUGGGUCCCUCCUGCUAUCAGCUGUGCUGGGGGACAGCACCAGACAGGUGUCUGAAUGACAACUCACCCCAAGCCUCUCUCAAGCCCUGCUGUGGUAAGAAUCCACAGGCCAGGCCUCACCCUCUGAACUCCCUGGAUUCAGUACUGCUUUGCCAUCCUUACCCUUCCUUCCACUGCUCCAUGGCCAGUCUUGGUGCCCCUGUGGCCUUGCUCUGGUCCAGCUCCCCACUCCUGCAAGGCCUGGAAUGA